UGUCUUUUCCACUCAGUGCGACGUUUUAUUAAAGUUGUAAGAUGGCGACGGUGCAUCUGAGGAUCGGGGAUCUAGUGUGGGGGAAGCUUGGUCGCUACCCACCAUGGCCGGGAAAGAUAGUAAGCCCUCCCAAGGACCUGAAAAAGCCCAGGGGCAAAAAGUGCCACUUUGUGAAAUUCUUUGGAACUGAAGACCAUGCCUGGAUCAAAGUGGAACAGCUGAAGCCCUACCAUGCCCACAAAGAGGAGAUGAUCAAGAUAAAUAAAGGGAAGCGCUUCCAGCAGGCGGUGGAUGCAGUGGAAGACUUCUUAAAGAAAGCAAAGGGGAAAGAGCAGAACUCAGAUGGCAAAGGCGAUUCGAAAGGAAAGAAGACACCCAACAAGCCACUGAAAAUACUGGAGGAGGACGACGAGGAUCUCAGUGCCCUGAAGGACCCCUCCGAGAAGGACUUAACUGACUCUGACCCCGAGCCGUCCACUAUUGAGAGGCUGGGGGCUGGACCUGGCUCAGGAUUCAAAUGGGAAAGCAGUGUAGGUGAACCCCCACCCCUCACCCCCUCCUUCCCACCUGGCCUGCCUUGCCUUGCCUUGCUGUUCUUCUACCUGAACUUAACCUUUGGCUUCAAUUCACAAACAACUGCAGACCUUUUCCUUCUGACCUGUUUGGUGCUCGUCUUGACUGCUGAAGCUGUUUGGUUUGUGUGUGCUCUUGAGUUGGACCGCAACUUUGUAUGCAGUGGCUCAAAAAAAAAAAAAAACAAGGCUGUGGUUUGCUUAACCCAAAAAUGCAAUUUCCUGAUCAGCCUUCUGCUUUCUGUGAGCUGUGAAGGAAAGGAGAGCCAACAGAGGUGAUAACCGCUGUUAACUAAUUGCUCUUAAACUGGUUUGACCACCAAGUGUGCACACGUGUUGAGUCAAUAACCGUUUGGUCGUCGUCAGUGGAAGCAUUUUACCCAAUUAUUGCAGCUGACUAUUUUGUUUAACUGGUGUGGAAUUCCAAAAAUGACAUAAAUGAAGUUCUGUGGAGCCAAAAGGCCUGAAUGUACACAACUGUAAGCAGCUACUCCUCAUGGAGAAAGCAGUGCCUGCCCCCCAUUUGUAAAUGAAUAUAAUUUGCUGCUGACAGCUGCCUUCCGCCUUCUUUAGGGCUUAUUUAGUUGUAAACAGAAUCCGCCCACUUCCUCCUGUAGGUUUGACACUUUCUCUUGUAGAAUAAUGCAACGUAUUGCGCAAAAAUUACAGCUUGUUUCAUAAGAAUUUUUUUUCUGCUUUGGAAAUCUAAAUUUUGUUGAUUGCAUUUUUGUUUAGCGCCUGAAAGGAACCGUCAAAGUGUGUGACUGCUUUGGGCGUUAAACUUCACUGGUGAGGAGCAGAUAAUGACUCUAGAGGUGCAUGAUACGAGUACCUGAAGUAGUACAAUUGUUUUAGUGUACAC